AUGAGACUAUGGCUAAAAUAAUGUAGUGUGCUGUGUUUGCUUAAUUUUGAAAUUUUUGAUCGGGCUAAUAUUUUAUAAGCUCCUCUAGAGACUAGAGAUUUUGUGUAUUUAUUCAUAUAUUAGUAUUAGUACUAGUAUUUCUUUUACGAUUUUUACCAGUUGGUUAAAAACAUGGCCAAAUGGGGAGAAGGAGAUCCACGUUGGAUUGUAGAAGAACGGCCUGAUGCUACAAAUGUUAACAAUUGGCAUUGGACUGAAAAAAAUGCAUGCCAAUGGUCAAAAGAAAAAUUGAAUUCCUUAUUAGUUGGAAUGGUAUUAGAAAACGAAGUGGCAAAAUGUGAAAUAAAUAAAAUUGAUAGUUGUGAAGGAGAAGCUGUUGCAAAUAAUAGGAAAGGCAAGUUGAUAUUCUUCUAUGAAUGGGAUUUAACAUUGUCAUGGAAAGGAUUUUUGAGUGGUUCUGAUAAACAAAUAGAAGGCUCGAUCAAUGUACCAAAUUUGAGUGAAGAAAACAGCAUAUCUGAAAUUGAGAUCAACAUUUCACUCAAAGAAUCUUCUAACGAAGGAAAUAUAAUUAAAGAUUUUCUCUAUCACCAAGGAAGAAGUAAAGUUAGAGACCAGUUAGAAAAAUAUAUAAAGGAUCUUAAAGAAGAAUUUUCUAAGGGUAUGAUCCUGCCAAAAAAAGAAUUAAGUGAUAAUUCUACUUCCAAAACAUCAUUGCCAAAAGAUUCAUUAAAUAAAGUUCACAACUCUGAGAAUGGUGCUAAGAGUGAUACCUCUAAGUCUAAAGUAGACACAACUACUGUUGUUAUGGAUGUAGUGUUCCAGUGUUCUGGUGACGAUUUUUACAACGUUCUUACGACACCAGAUCUCGUGUCAGCGUUUACUCAUCAAACAGUCAACUUUCGAGCAGUCAAAGGAGAAAAAUUUCAACUGUUUGAUGGCAAUAUAGUAGGAGAAUUUUUAGAGCUUUGUCCUGGUAAAAAAAUUGUUCAAAGCUGGAGGACUAAGCAGUGGCCUGAUUGGUUAUACUCUACUGUGACUGUUUCUAUAAACCAGCAGGAAGAUCAUACAAAAGUUAAAGUUACACUUGUUGGUGUACCUAAAAGCGAUGAAAACGUUACGCGCCAGAAUUGGGAAAGAUAUUAUUUCACACCAAUUAAAAGAACAUUUGGUUAUGGCAUGCUACUUUGAUGAGUCUGAACAAUACAUCGAAUUAUUAGUUAUAGUUUUUCAAUGUAUUUAUUAUCGAAUAAAAUAUGCAGUUUGACCAGA